GGCAGCCGCUCUCCCGGGCGGGAACCGUGCCGCCCGCGGGCCCCGCCGACGGUGUGUGGCCGGAGGCCCGGGGGCACGGCCCGGGGUCACCCCGGCCCCCAGCCCGCCCCGCAGAGGCGCCCGUAGGCCAGGGCCUGGCCGCCGACUUGCGCGAACCAACCACCAGGAGGCGUGAGCGGGCAGGGGAGGGGUUUGUCGUCCGCCCGGGGAGGGUGGGGUGUUGGCGAGAGAGUUUGUGGAAAGUUGUGAGAGCAGCAGGAGGAAGUGGGGAGAGGGGCUGGGGCUGUGCUGGCGGCCGGGGACCGGGAGGUCUCAGGUGGCCCCUGGGAAGCAUCUGUGGCUGGAAGGGAGCCGAGCGCCUGCAUGAACGGAGGGACCUGCUCGGACGGUCGCUCCUACCUGAGCCCGGGACUCCAGCUGCAGGUCCCGCAGCCCUGCCUCUGCGUGGUGACUCCGGUGACCGCGUCUGCGCCCAGCCAUGAGGAUCCGGAUGGCCGCGAGGUGGACCUGGGCAGGCAAAAGCUGCCUGCUGCUGGCGCUUUUAACAGUGGCCUAUAUCCUGGUGGAGCUCUCGGUCUCCACUUUCCAUGCCUCCCCAGGAGCCGGCCUUGCCAGGGAUCGGGCACCAAGACAGCUCUCGGACCCCGGGGAAAAGGCAGAGGAUUUGUCUCGGCCGCUGUAUGAGAAGCCCCCUGCGGAUGCCCAUGCGCUUGGGGAGUGGGGGAAAGCCAGCAAGCUCCAGCUCAACGAGGGCGAACUGAAGCAGCAAGAAGAGCUCAUUGAGAGAUAUGCCAUUAAUAUUUACCUCAGUGACAGGAUUUCCCUGCACCGCCACAUUGAGGAUAAAAGAAUGUAUGAGUGUAAAUCCCAGACGUUCAACUAUAGGAGACUUCCCACCACUUCUGUUAUUAUCGCUUUCUACAAUGAAGCCUGGUCGACGUUGCUCCGCACCAUCCACAGUGUCCUAGAAACUUCUCCUGCAGUCCUUUUGAAGGAGAUCAUCUUAGUCGAUGACUUGAGUGACAGAGUUUAUUUGAAGACGCAACUUGAAACUUAUAUCAGCAAUCUUGACCGAGUCCGCUUGAUUAGAACAAAUAAGCGAGAGGGGCUGGUUAGGGCCCGCCUGAUUGGGGCCACUUUUGCCACUGGGGAUGUCCUCACUUUCCUGGAUUGUCACUGUGAGUGUAAUUCUGGUUGGUUGGAACCACUUUUGGAAAGGAUUGGGAAAGAUGAAACAGCAAUUGUGUGUCCUGUUAUAGACACCAUUGAUUGGAAUACUUUUGAAUUCUAUAUGCAGACUGGGGAGCCCAUGAUUGGUGGGUUUGACUGGCGUUUAACGUUCCAGUGGCAUUCUGUCCCCAAACAUGAAAGGGACAGGCGGAAAUCGAGAAUUGACCCAAUCAGAUCGCCCACCAUGGCUGGAGGACUGUUUGCUGUCAGCAAGAAAUAUUUCCAGUACCUUGGAACAUAUGACACUGGGAUGGAAGUGUGGGGAGGUGAAAACCUCGAGCUGUCGUUUAGGGUGUGGCAGUGUGGAGGUAAAUUGGAGAUUCACCCGUGUUCCCACGUGGGCCAUGUAUUCCCCAAGCGGGCACCGUAUGCUCGGCCCAAUUUCCUGCAGAAUACUGCUCGGGCAGCAGAAGUGUGGAUGGACGACUACAAAGAGCAUUUCUACAAUCGGAACCCUCCAGCAAGGAAGGAAACUUACGGUGAUAUUUCUGAAAGGAAAUUGCUACGAGAACGGCUGAAGUGCAAGAGCUUUGACUGGUAUUUGAAAAAUGUGUUUUCUAAUUUACACGUUCCAGAGGAUAGGCCAGGCUGGCACGGAGCUAUUCGCAGUAUGGGGAUCUCUUCUGAAUGUUUGGAUUAUAAUUCUCCCGACAACAACCCUACAGGUGCUAACCUCUCGCUGUUUGGAUGCCAUGGUCAAGGCGGCAAUCAGUUCUUUGAAUAUACUUCAAACAAAGAAAUAAGGUUUAAUUCUGUGACAGAGUUAUGUGCGGAGGUUCCUGAGCAAAAAAAUCAUGUAGGAAUGCAAAAUUGUCCAAAAGAUGGGUUCCCUAUUCCAGGCAACAUUAUUUGGCAUUUUAAAGAAGACGGAACCAUUUUUCAUCCACACUCAGGACUGUGUCUUAGUGCUUAUCGGACACCUGAGGGCCGACCUAACGUUCAAAUGAGAACAUGUGAUGCUCUAGAUAAAAAUCAAAUCUGGAAGUUUGAGAAAUAGAAGAGUACAACAGUACUUUUGUCCUGAGCUGACAAUAGCUUCAGGAAAGUCAGAGCCUUCAGAGAGCCUCAGGGAAGAUUGUAUUUUAUCAGAAAUCACCCACAGGUCAUCUGUGAGAGCUCUGUAAAAGCUGUGGUUCGUUUGGGUAUGGAAUACUGAAACUGGGUGCCCAGAGAGAGUUGCUGUUUAAUAUUUCAAAGCGCCUUACUUAUGGGUUGUUUUAUUUAAGAGCCUUGUCGAUAUGGUUUCUUACUUCUCCUUAACGAAGUUGACUGUGAAUAGAAAUACACAAAACAUUUACGUGCCAGCCUUAAUAUUAAAGAAUGUAAAAAUCCAAGCAAAAUGUGGGAUGAUUUAUGUUGAUGGGUAAGUUAACUGCACGUCCCAUUUUUAAACAAAACCUGUAAAUGUGCAGUUUGAGCUGUUUCGCUUGUAUCUAUUUGCUGUUUUGAUUGUACACAGAAUUUAAAUUUCUUUUAGCCAGCACAUUAAAUUUUAGGUUUUGUUUAUUUUUUAUUCUAAUUUUCCUUUAAUCAAAUAGAAAUCAAAGAAAGUUGAUGUUAAGGAGAAAGGCCUGGUUUAGAUAUAUGUGUCACUGGAAGAGGGCGUGAGUUUGUGAGUUUGGAUGUCUUUUUAACAUAUAGACAUCUCAGAAAAAUAUAUCCACAUCUGAAUGGAAUGGGGAGAUAUUUACAUUCUACACUUUGUAAACUUGAGCUAUUGGACUUAACUGAUCUAUACUGAUACCUCAAAUGGCUCUGAUUUUGUAAGCUGUCCCCUCUGUGAACUUGCUUGUGUGUGUAGGGUGUUUUCUGAUUGCACUUCCUUAAGUUAUGAAUGUACUGGAGAGGGACUCAUUCAGAAUACUGUGCUUCCCUUUGUUAAUGCUUAAUCACUUAAAGUAAACACAAUUGAGGGCUCUCUGAAGUUCAGCUCCACUGUGUUUACUGAAACGUGUGAAACUGAAAGUGGGCCCAGUUCUACAAAGGCUGUGGAACUCUUAGAGCAGUUCUUGCUGAAUAGGACAUUUAAGGAUUUAUCUUAAGAAGACAAGGAAGAAAGACUGCCUUGGCAAUGGUGAAUGCCGCCUUCCAGCGUGUUUUCAGCACCUAGCACCCGAGCCUGGCACUCAGGCGGCUUUCAGCGAGUGGGUGAAUGAAUGACUGAAUGAAUGAAUGGCUCAGCCUAGGAAUGUGACUUUGGUCAAGUCAUUUGACCAAAUGACUCAGUUUGGGCCUCAGUUUCCUUAUUUGUAAAAUGUGGGUGCUGGACUAGAUCUCAAAGAUCUUUUCCAGCUCUGAAGUGUUAUAAGUGUACAUUACACCUGUCUCAGAUUCAGUUGCUGUGUCAUCUUGACAACACUUUUUAUCUCUUCACCUUUAACAUAGGUAUGUUGUUCAGUCCAGUUUUGAAGUGGAAAAGAGAAAUGGUUUUAAAAAUUAAUUGAGCUGAGCUCAACUGACAUGGUUUAUUUCGGGUUGAGUGGAAAGUUGUUGUGGUCAAUGUUUGUAUUCAUUUCAUUUUGAUAAUUGUUGAAGCAAUUUUUGUUUCUAUCUUUAAUCUUUCAAACUCUAAAAGUAAUCUUUUGGGCUAAGAAUGUAAAUAUUUCCCAAACUCAAUUAUAUGAGAAGUAAACAUAUGU